AGAGGAGUGUGGAGGGUAUGACAGUGAUCGGUAUGUACAGGAGAGGAGUGUGGGGGUAUGACAGUGAUCGGUAUGUACAGGAGAGGAGUGUGGAGGGUAUGACAGUGAUCGGUAUGUACAGGAGAGGAGUGUGGAGGUAUGACAGUGAUCGGUAUGUACAGGAGAGGAGUGUGGAGGUAUGACAGUGAUCGGUAUGUACAGAGAGAGGAGUGUGGAGGGUAUGACAGUGAUCGGUAUGUACAGGAGAGGAGUGUGGAGGUGUGACAGUGAUUCGGUAUGUACAGGGAGAGGAGUGUGGAGGGUAUGACAGUGAUCGGUAUGUACAGGAGAGG